CUUUCUGCGCUGGAGAAAGAAAGACGUUUCGGUGCUGAGCCGUUGGUCGCCAUUUUAAGAACCUUCAGAAAGCGGAGGUAGGCGGUUGUUACGCAGCAAACCUUUUAGGUUUUUGGUAUUUUAAAAACAGCUUUCGCCGAUUUACGGAUCAAUGUCUCGAUUCAACUAUAAUCGUGGCGGUCUUGGGAUGAACCAUUUCCAGCCACGACGAGGCGCUGGGCCCGGCGGUCCCAUGCGGGCUGGGCUAAUGGGAAACCCAAAUUUCAGGAACCAUCCUUUCCAGAAUCAGAACCAAAAUCGGAGGCCACCCAACAACAACUUCAACAAACCGCAACAGACGACUCCCCAGAAGCAACAACAGAACCAGUCGAUGCCAAUUAUCCCUCCGCCGAGUCCCGGCCCGGCUCUCACCAUGAAAGGCCCGAUGCAGCAACAGCAACAAAAUCCGGCCCCGCAACAGUCGGAGCAGCCGAAACCGACCACCCCUGCCCCUCAGAACAAGGUCCAGUCACCACCACCUAAACCUAACAUGACCUCCCCUCAGCCUAACCAGGCCAACAAGAACCAGAACCCGCAGCUGAAGUCGCCGGUGGGUAGUGCUAAUGGACAGAAGCAGCCUCCGCACCCAAGCCCGAAACAAGGACCACAGCAAGGCCAGAAGGGAGGACCACAGCAAGGCCAGAAGCCUGGCCCGCAACAAGGCCAGAAGUCGGGUCCACAGCAAGGCCCCAAAGGACCGCAACAACAGGGCCCGAAGGGACCGCAACAACAGGGCCCGAAGGGACCGCAACAACAGGGCCCGAAGGGACCGCAACAACAGGGCCCAAAAGGAGGCCACCAGGGCCAGAGGACCGGUCCUCAGCAGGGCCAGAGGACCGGGCCACAUCAGGGACAGAGGACAGGGCCACCGGCGAUGAAGUUCAAACCAGAACCAGCAAACAACGAAGCAGCAGAGCCAGAAGAGGGCGAGGGAAAGGCGUUUAAGGCAACGCUGUCCAUGUUGCUGAAGCCUGGUGAGAAGACAUACACACAGAGGUGCCGUUUGUUUGUUGGUAACCUGCCGAACGACAUCACUGAGGACGAUUUCAGGAAGAUAUUUGCAAAAUAUGGAGAGCCCAGCGAAGUCUUCAUCAACAAGGGCAAAGGCUUUGGUUUCAUCCGACUGGAAUCCAGAGCGCUCGCAGAGAUAGCUAAAGCGGAGCUGGAUGACACACCAAUGAAAGGCAGACCCUUGCGUGUUCGAUUUGCUUCACACUCUGCAGCGCUGUCUGUGAAGAAUCUGUCGCCAUUUGUCUCCAACGAGCUCUUAGAAGAAGCUUUCUCACAGUUUGGAAUGGUCGAGAGAGCAGUUGUUGUCGUAGAUGAUCGUGGCCGCUCCACAGGCAGGGGUAUUGUCGAGUUUGCAUCCAGACCUGCUGCCAGAAAGGCUCUGGAUAGGUGCAGUGAGGGUGUCUUCCUGCUCACCACGUCACCUCGCCCUGUUGUUGUGGAGCCUCUGGAGCAGUAUGACAAUGAAGACGGUCUUCCAGAGAAACUGGCACAGAAGAACCCAAGAUAUCAAGUAGAACGCGAGGAACCUCCUCGUUUUGCUCGUCCUGGUACUUUUGAAUUCGAGUACUCCAAGCGCUGGAAGUCCCUGGAUGAAAUGGAGAAGCAACAGAGGCAGCAGGUGGAGAAAAACAUGCGUGAAGCCCGUGAGAAGCUGGAGAGUGAGAUGGAGGACGCCUACCACGAGCAUCAGGCCAAUCUGCUGCGUCAAGAUCUGCUGAGGCGACAGGAGGAACUGAGGCGCAUGGAGGAGAUGCACAGUCAGGAGAUGCAGAAGAGGAAGGAGAUGCAGCUCAGACAAGAGGAAGAGCGACGGAGACGAGAGGAGGAGUUGCUUCGGAAGAGGGAGAUAGAAGAACAGAUGCGCCGCCAGCGUGAGGAGAACUACAGGAUGGGCAACUUCAUAGAUAGGGAAAGGGAGCUGAGGAUGCAUUCCGGUGGUGCUUUGGGCAUGAGUGAUAUGCCCUUUGGUGGAUCUGGCCAGAAGUUCCCAAUGAGUGGAUUGGGCUUUGAGGGUCAGCAGGGAAUGGGACAAUCUUCAGGAGGCUUGUUGGGCAACGAAAUGCGUGGUGAGCGCUUCGCCCAGGGCGGUCCUAGGGGGAUGGGUCCUGGUAACGCUGGGUACGGCAGGGUCCGUGAGGAGUUUGAGGGCCCUACUAAGAAGCCCCGUUUCUAAAUACUGCUCUGAUGCUCCCAGCCGCUCUAUUUGUAUAGAUUCUCCAAAACGAACAUGUUGAGUCGCAUUUCUUGUAUUUAAGUUUCAACUGUUGCAGCAUUUUAGCCAGGCAAUUUACUCAUUUUAUGACAGUCAAUAUUUUCAAUUUUUUAUUUUGUAUUGUCUGUAGUGUGGAAAGAGGUCACCCUUGUGUGAUCCAGUAGUUCUUUCUGACCAUGUAUAAUUUUCUUUUCUAGUUGUAUUAUGCUCUGUGAGUCGUCGUGAAGUGAUAACUGUAACAUUUUUCUCAACUUCCUAUGGCUGUGUUUUGUGCCAUACAUUUGGAGUCAAAGCAUGUAUUAUAAUAAAGAGACAUUGGUUCUAUCCGGACAAACCUUUUAACAUUUAUUCCUAAAGUUGAAUCAUGCAGUAUGAUUAAAAAGUAAAUCCCAACAAUGGGUGAAAUAAAAUAGAUACAUCUGCCAAAUUAGGCCUUAAAGAGUCUAUGUGUUAUCUCUGCCACAGUCCUGGCCUUUUAAUUAGACGUGUACAACAAAAUCUUAAAAAAAAAGUGUGUGCCAUGCCUGAUGCAGUUAUUGAAAAUACCUGUCUUUAUCUUUUACUUCUUUAUUUUUCUUCCCGCAAAUUCAGCUGACUGACAGGCCAUUAUUCUAAAUCAAUAUACUGUGUUGGAGUUUUUGACAGCGGUCAUUAUGGAUGUGAAAACACUGAAUGAUUGAAAACUUAGUUAUUGUACAGUGCAGGAGUCGCAGUGAUUUCGGUUGCACAUCUUCACAAUCACUGCUCAGACAGAACAAAGAUCUCCUUUUUUGAGACUAAAACUUGUCAUUGAUCUUGAUAUUUACGUGGCCGCAUCGGCUUUUUCAGCCGUGCUUCAGGACAUCAGAAAUACUACACAUAGAACCUUUAAGACGGCCUGUGGUUUAGUUUGAAGCCGACAGACGUUCUGCUCACAUCACUCUGUCAGACAUCGUCCACAGAAGUGUGUGCUUAUUGACUACGUUUACAUGCAGUUCAGUUUGUAUUGGAAUGAUUCUGAGCACCGUUCAGUCGUUUUUUGAAAUCUGGUGCGUUCUUAUAGACAAUGGAUGACAUGAAAACUGCGCUUCCAGUUUGUGUUGCCACUUUUACAGCUUUACCGUAUUAUGCUUCUAAUGACCCGACACUUUCUUUGUAUUUUUCAUUAUAUGUAUAGUAGUUCUGUAGAUGGACCAACAUUUGCAUGUACAUUUUUCAGUCAGCAGUUUACAUUCAUCAGCUCAACUACCAACAUGGCAACAUGUUGCUGCUGUUAUAAGUUAAUACAUUUUUUCCAAUAAGAUCUGCACGAGUGCACUUAGUGCAUUGUUGCUACAGCCCUAAUGCAUAUAAUGAUGCUUUUAGCCCCACUUUUGCUUUUUUUGGUAAUGAAGUCAUUUUAUUAGACAGCCUAUGGGUGAAAGUUGGUGUAUAUGCUGACCUUUUAGUGACAAGUCUAAAAGAAGUUGUCGUUCAGCAUGUAUGUGACUGAAAGCUUUGUUCUGUUAAGUUGGAUAUCAUUAACGGCUAUUGACAGCCGUUUACUGUCUCGGUAGAACAGACAGAACUGCAUGUAAACGUAGUCAUUUUCACUGAUGUACUUACUUUAGGUGGAACAAAUAUCUACAAAGGUUGUUUGUAUAAGUAAAUUCAUAGUAAAGCAACUGACAUAAAAUCUUAACUGAUUUGAGUGUCAGUACAGUAGUUUCACUGUUUGUUGGAAUGACUAGAUCAGCCCUUCUAUGACUGGAAAAGGGCUCAUUUAGAAUUAUGGAAACAAGUGUUGAGUGCUUUGAAAGCAUGAUAUCCAACAGAAUCAUAAAUGCUUCAACCAUAAAUGUGUCAGAUUUGCUCUGUCUGAUGAAGACGUCACGCCUUUUUGAUGACAAAGCAAAAAAAAAAAAACUAGCAAUGGGUGACAUCUUGAACAGAAGUCUGACGUAUUCUGGUCAUGUAUCGAGUUUAUCUACAUGCCACUAGUUUAAUUUUUGAGUUGGCAGUCACUCAGUGCUUAAUGUAGGAAAUGGAAACAAGUGCCUCUCUGCACAAGUAGUGCUUCAUCGUCAUGAUACUGCAAGAACAGAAGAACUUCAAAGACCCUAUUUGUCAAGGCAUGGGAUGCCCUGGUUUUCAGGGUUAUAAGCCAGUAAAGCUUCAAUAAUUAGGUUAUACUGCAGUGAGAUUCAGACACACUCUUAGUGCCUGAUGGCAUGAAGUCCAUCAGCAUCCUUUCUAGUAAGCUGAAGGUAGACUAGUAUCAGUGUCUUACAACAAUGUGUUGUUUUAUUAUAUUUAACUGGGGUUGAAGUGCUUUUAUUUUCCUCAGAAUUGCCUUAGCUUUAUUUUGGGAGGGGUGAUCUUUUCCCGACGCACCAUCUCACCUGGUCUUAUGUCAUUAUUUUGAUGACAUACAGCAGUGCCCAUGGACUACAAUCUUUUCUUUUUUUUUCCUGCUUUUCAGCAGACAUGAUUGUCUGUGGCCUCCUUAACCUCAUUGUAGCAGUAUUAUAAGAACCAGCAAAAAAUAUCAGAAUCCAUUUAAUGGUGGGGUAACUUCUUAAGCGCAGACAUUGCAUCUGCUCUCUGGAGAGAUAUUUCAGGAAGAUGAAAACAAUUGGAUACUAAUAGUUGGUAUUAUUUACCUUUGGGCAUUGAAAUUACAUGAAUAAAUUUGGCACAUUGAUGAAUUAUGAAACCUAUCACUUGUGCAACAAUAACUGGACAUUAAUGUACAACAAAUGGUUUCAAGCCCUUUCUGUUAACAUCCUGUUACUACUUGAGUUUACAUCUUUUAUUCUCCUGCCCACUCUGGUACCACCAGUACCUGGUUAGAAGUAUAUUUAAUGGACAGCACCAUCCAUUCACAACUUGCUUCUGCAACCUUCUAUCAGAGUUGUGUGGAAACAGGAGACAGCUUGAAAACUGAGUGUAAGUAAAGUUGUAAUAAUUCUUAUUUCAUAUAGCAUGAGUUUCACUCUGACUUUCUGUGGACUAUUGAAGGUGUAUACUUUAUUGAAUUGUAUGACAGUAGGACUUUUGAUACUUUAAAAAAAAAAAAUAAUUAGACCCUCCAGAAAAACGCGGGCAAUAAUCCUUGAUUAUGCGGGCUAAAAUCCUUGAUUAUGCGAAUGAAUAGGCAGGGUUUUUAUGACAUUUUAUGUGGGGAAAUUGCGGAAAGUUGCAAAGUGUGCGAAUAGUUGUGAAAUAUGCAAAAAUAUGUGCGAUUCACCUGCCGUCUGGCCGCGGAGUGAUGUGUCCUCUAAUCAGACACUGGGACUGCUGCGGGGUUACUGGACUGACAGCCUGUGCUUUGGGACGGGGAGGAGCUCACAGAAGCACCUGCUGCUUGUUGAAAACACAGUAGCUGCAGAAUGAGCCGAGUUUUCCUGUCAGUCUCCAAAACGGCAGAAAAAGUCGCUAGAUUUGUGGCUAGUCGCUUUUGACAAAAAAAAAAAGUCGCUAGGACGCUUUGGAAAGUCGCUAAGUUGACAACACUAGUGCCGCGCUCUGCAUCAGCUCGUGCUUCUAGUGUGUGUGAAUGCGUGAACUGAUGACGUCAGGCCGGGCGUCACAUAAAAACUCACAACUCCAUUUAUAUCGGUUAUAGUUUUCUCAUUUUAUGCGGAAAUUGUGAAAUCAAGCGGGACCCGCAUAUUUCUCUUUUUUUCGUGGAAAUGUGAGAUUCUUGCGGGAAUUAUGCGCUGUUUUGUGGGGAUUAUGCGGCCUUUUGGGAAAUAAUUGACCCCUGCAUAAUCAGCGGCAUUUUGGUGAUUAAUGCGGGAAUUCAUGCGAUCGCAUAAUCGCGUUUUUCUGGAGGGUCUAAAUAAUGCUUGAAUCUGACUUUCAUCCUAAUGGUUUUUCACACAGUUUAAACAUUUGGUAACUCUGGAAUCACUUGCUUUUAUGCUCUUUUUUUCAACAGUAAAGGUCUGUCUAAUGGCCGACUUUCUACUUCUUAUUUGUCAUUUAGCCAAGGUUUGCCAUAACAAUGGAGUAAUGAAGACUUUAAUAGACUUUAAAAUCACCUGCAAUGUACCUGUUAAUGUAUCCUGCACAAUAACUAAACAUAUAAGCAUAAGAAUGGUAAUCUUUUUGCUUAGUUAUAAGAAAGCUUUCAUCAUGCGGUAUCUGACAACGUGCCAGAAAAGGCUGCAAAACAGGACUACAACGCUUGGCUGCAUUUGGUAAUAGAACUGGAUGUCAUGGAGUGUUCAUCUCAAAUGUUACGUGUGUUUGUGUUAUGUACAUUUUUUCUUUAACAGGUAUGACCGGCUUUAAAGAUUUUGGACUGUGGAGGAAGUUGUGGCUGUGUAGUGUGAACUCAGGAAUGCUUUAGCUAAGAAACCCAAACACUGGACUUUUGGAGAUUAUCUUAGUGAGAUUCACAACAUCAUAAACGCAAGAUUAAACAAGGACGGACAGUAGUUUGUGAAUAGAUGUAGUGUGGAUAAAAUGUUGGGCUUUGGUCCUAAUCCAGCCCUGUAGCAUUCCUUUUGCAUUAACAUUUUGGAACUACACAGGUAAAUACCAACUUUUUAUUAAAUAUCAAGAACAUAGCUGACUUUGAAAGUUGUCCCUCAGAACAUUUUUAAGCAAGUUGGUGCUUUUCUAACGUUUACAGUGUAAACUCUCUUCUGCAAAUAGAAUCCUUGUUCAGAAAUUGUGAAUAACACAAUAUUAAUAUUUCUGAAAGAGAUUGAUAUAAAGUUUAAUUGACAUAAUUGUCAUUCAUGUGACAACUUGCCUGAUAUUAUUUAUGUGGCACAUUUAAAACAGACCCUGACCCAAAUAGCUUUGCAUUACAAAAAUAAGAUAAAAUUACAUGAAUCAUUGUACUAAAGGUGAGGAAAUCAACAUCUGUGUGUGUUGCCCUCAAUACCAAAUUGAUUUUAGUUAAAUUAGAUUAUCUGGAGAGAAAUGUCCACAAGUAAUUUUAAUCUGGAACCAUUUGUACCUUUUUUAGAUCGUGCUCUUAUUUAUGUGUUUAAAAAUGACACACUAAAGCUAGUGGAACAUUAAACCAACAACUUUUAUUUGCUGUUGUUUAUUCCAGAUUUUUAAAUAUGGUUUCUAGUUGCAUGCUUAUUUUUGAGAUGAAAAUUAAAUAGCUGUUUUAAAGAACUGAUCAUUAUUCUCAUGGUUAAAUAACAUGUUUGCUAGACUUCUUUUAAGUGGAAGUCUUUUCUCCCUUGAUCAGGGUUCAUGAAGUAAAUUUAGGACAACAGCUUAAACUUUAGUGCUUGUUAGUAGUUUGAGUGUUGCAGAAGCAAUGAACAGAUAUUUAAUGUUAAUAAAAAAAAUAACCUCUACAGGAAAUAGUUUCCAGUGGAAACACCAAUACCAUAAACAAAAGUCAAAUUCCACCAAUAUUCAUGAGACCAUGCAACACCUAAAAUCGGCUAAAAAUUUAAUUUAUAUGGAGCUAAUAAAAAUUUGUAUGUGAAGUUUAAUAUAUACAUAAUAAUGUGUAAUUAUAAUUGGAUUAGUAUGAAGUAUUUUGUCUAAGCCAUAGACAGGAUCUGAAUAUCCUUCAGAACUUUACUUGACCUAAAUGUAAAUUUAAACCUUGUAAUGUUAUGUCUGUGUGUGUUGGUGUUGUGUACACUUUGCUUUUCUUUAACAGGUGUUGGACUAUGAAAAGGAACUUUCCAAUCCAAGACAUUCAGAGUCUGUAGCUUUGGUUGGAGCAGUUUUGUAAUCAAAAAGCUAUCACUCUGGAGGACCAGAUAGAAGAAAAACAAUCAUUUUUGAUGGUGGUGGAUCAGUAUCGUGAACUGUAGCUUGGAAAGCUGGCGGAUAUUUGGUCAUUCACAAGUUCUCAAACCUGAAAUAAUGUAGCAGACUGCACAGUGAAAUACAGAGGUUCAGAACAAGGACUCUGACUGCCAACAUGCUUUGAAAUGGAAAUCCAACUCUUGACUCCUUAAAGAGAUGUUUAUAGUCAACAUUUGACUAAAGGUGGCACCAAGUACACUUAACAGACUGAGAAGAUGAGUUACAGAGGUGUGAAAGAGAAAUCGUCUGUUGUUUACACAUUUUCAUGACAUUAAUGAAGCGAAACUGGAGGCUUUGAUGUAUAUUUAUGUAGAAAAUGUCUUUGUCAAGAUGUGUUUAAAGGCACCAAACAGAUGCUAGCAAACUUUUAAGCAACUGACUGAGAUGUUCUCUAUUGCUAACACAUUUAUAUACCAGACAUUCUUAGUUGGGAUCGACCGAUUAUUAGCCUUAUUAGGCCGAUUGUUUGGCAUUUUUUCAAUUUUUGAUGAUUUUUUUUUUAACUGAUUAUUGCAAAAUAUAUGAAGUGCACUAUUUUGGCUCUGAUGCAGUCGACCGUCUGUUUCUGCAUUCACUCUGCAGUCUAAAGGAAGUGUCCCGUCCACAGCUCUCUGAUUGGUUACAUGUCCUGAGACAGCCAAUCACUGAAAGCCAUACAGCCAACCAAUGAGAGCAUUAGCAUAGCGGGGCCGCUCCAGAUAUGUUUCAGCGGUGAGGUAGAAGAUGUUGCUGAAGUUCUAAUAAAACUCCACCAUCUUCCACAAACAUAACUAGUUUCUCUGUUACACAGAAAAUGCUCCAGUAAUUCAGUUCUUCAUGUUAACAAGUGGUGCAGCUGGAACUUCUUUGUGUGGCUGCUGUGGCUAUUGCUAUGGAGCAUGCUAUGCCUUGUAGCCUGUGGCAACACUAUCUAAAAUGCUGUAGCAUUUUUUAAAAGUAUGAUUAACUUUAACAGUCUUUGCUGACAGAUAAGUCUCUCUUCCAGAGACUGAACAAGAAGCACAGCCAAAUCAGGACACUGUGUCUUAGGCUACGCUAUAGGCUAACUUAGUAGGCAGCAACAGAUUACCCUGGAAUAGUUUUUGGAAAACAUUAAGAAAUGGUGCUUUAGAUUUGAGCCUUCGUGGGCAACAAAAAUGACAAAACGGUAGAUCUAAUGACAGGAGACAAACCAGUCAGUUGAUCUCACGGUAGAGAGCAUCGUAGCGUCAUGAACGCUCAAAUAUCACUCCUGUUUCUGUUGUCCGUAUUCAGUUACAGUAAUCCUAAUUAAUAAAGGACCCCAAUCGUGACUGACAAGUUCCCUGCUGCCACAUGCUGUUAAUAUGUAUCUGUUUCAAAUAUCUGACAUCCGCCUUUCUUAACAAUUAGCAUCGGCCCUGAAAACACCUUAUCGGUCGAUCCCUAGUUCUUUGCUGACAGUUUAGACUGUAAAAUACUUGCAUUACAAAAAUCUGAAUGAACGAGAAGCAAGCUCAGGAUUUCCAACAUGCUGACUUAGCUUUGCAAAGAGAAGCUUUGAAACCGUUAAAUCACUUUGUUAGUGAUUUAUUAGUGCAUCAAGCACAUCUAACAUACUGUAAAGUGAUUAUACUGCUGAGACUGAUACAUUGCAAACACUUUUUCACUUUGCAUUGCUGCAUAAAAUUGAAAUCAAAGCUUUGACUUUUAACUUUCAGAAGAGGUUUGCAUCAAGCAUUUGUCAAAUGAUUCAAAGUACGCUACAUGAAUAUAUACUGAGUUUCAUUAGAGGAUAUCCCUGUUAGGGGUGUAACGGUACAGGCAUCUGUUCCUUAUGUCACGUUUUCUGUUUCUGGAUGCACAGUUACUCGCUCUGUGUGUAACAUGUUUUCGUCCAAAAAAAUAAUUUUUUAACUUCAUGUGCAAAAAGGAAAUCACAGGAGAUGAAACACUUUUUUAAACAGGCUCUGAUGAAAUGAUAGUCUGCUGCCACUUUUUUAAUGUAAGUAUUUUGUGACAUUUAAAAGUUUACUUCCAAUUCCCUUUACUGUAGUAUUGCAGCAUAGCUGCUGUUUAUGUUGGUGCAGUCAGUCAGCAGUAGUACAUUAGCAGGUUCAGCCAUGAAAGCUGAGCUGCGACUUUGACAGUUUUGUCUGAACUAUGUGUUCUCGAUAUUUAUUUUGGCUGUUAACAGGUCAGGAUUUUCUGAUUGGCAGAAUUUUAGCUUCACAAUCUCAAUAGUAAGAAUUAUAGCCAGUUAGGCUCUUUUGAGUAUAUAGUUUUAUGCAUUUUUUUUGUUAAUUGAACUUGUAGCUACAUUCUGAACCAUGAACCUUCUGUACCGUUACACCCCUGCUGUCUGCACAUUUUGAGUUUGAACAAAGACUUUCCUCAGGUUUUAACUUUGAACCUGUAGAAGUUCUUUUAUAAUCCCUGUCUCUAAAAGCAAAAACUACACCAGUAAACCUGACCAACGUCCUAUUCACCAGCGUACCUGAGGCAGGAAGUCCCAUGCCCCUUACUGUUGAAGAGAGGAUGGCGUGUUGUGCCCGUGUGGUUGUGCGUGUUUCAUGUCUUUGGGUAAAUGAGGUGCGUUAGCUGCUGUCAGCCAGCUUGUCAAAGACGGGCUGCCCCAGUCCACAGUAGAGGCUCUUCUCUGCAGUUGGGUUACAUUGACGAUGAGUAGUUCUGCAGAAGUCAGUGGACAGUAAAGCCUGGAUUGUUUGCACUGCAGCCAGAGGUAUGCUUACACAGAUCAGCCGAACACGUAAGGUAAGUGUCCCAUCCAUGUUUAUAAUACAAGAUGCACAGUUGUCCCAUAACUUAACUCUUUGUGUCCUCUUCCUCCCCGUCGCUGCUCACAGUGACGUAUGCAGGCUUCUGGCAUCACACUUACAAAGAAUGGCAUCACAGUGCAGAUCUCUGUUCCUCAACCUUUUUGUGUGUGUGUGGCAGCGCUGUAGCCGUGCGGUGUGUGUGUGUGGUUGUAGUACUUUGGCCUCUCUGUAUGUAUGCAUGAAAACAAGUGUGUAUGGACGGCUGAGUCACUGGUUCAACGUUGGUGUCCAAAGGCAGAUGUGUGCUGCAACAAACUGUUUUCAAGUGUUUCUGUCCUUCUAGCAUUGCUGGGGUUAUAAAAACAUUUAAAUAUAAAACUUUUUCUAAAGCAGUAGUCUUGCACAACCGUACAACGUAUUUGAGUUGUUUUCUUUGUUCCUUUCCUGAAUUUGUUUAUUUUGCCGGAAACAUUGCUGUAUUUUGUAGCUGAUUAGUUGUGUGAACAGGCAGGUUGUGUGUAGCAAUGAACAAAAAAAAUCCCAAUCAAAACCCAUUUCUUCAAUUUUUUCCACCGUAUCGGUGUGAGAAGAAUCCUUCAUUCCCUUUUUAUACCUCUGAUUGUUUUAUAGUGAUUCUUCUUAUUGGAACGUGACAUGAAUAGAUUAUUUCUGCUUUAGUACAUUUUUAUUGUAUUAUAUAAUAUUUUAACCACACUGGUUGUACUUCAUUAAGUACACUUGCCCUGCUAGCUUUGUUAGCUUAAAUUAACAGAAAAAACAUUUCUUUAAUGUUUAUGUAAUGUAAUUUAUUUUAUGCUAAAAUAAGAACAGUAGAGCAGCCUGCACCUGCAUGUAUUCAUUUAAUUUCUGGAAAUAUAUCAACUACUGAUUACAGCACAACCACUACUGAGAAAUACAACAAAGAAAGGUUCACUGCUGUCAGUAAAUGGUCUGCUGUGGUGGCUGUUGAGCAAACGGAUAUUUGCAAAGUUGAUUUUUUUUUUGGCCAUCUGAACGUUGACGUAUGGAUCAAAUUGAAGCCAACUGUGAGUCAACAGCCAGUAAAUGUUCAGACAGUUGGACUGAGCAGCCUCCAUUAGUUUGGAACAGUUCAAAGUUAUGAAAAUAUGGAGACUUUCUCUUCCUCCUGAUACUAGAAAUAACGGAUUAAUUCUGGAAGACUGUGGAUGUAGCGCUUCUCAUUUUCUGAAAGUUACACCAGUGGUUGUCUGACCAUUGAGAAUCCAGUCAGAUGAGAGCAAGUCAACCAACCAGUCACCUGCAGACCUACAGUUUAGUUCAUCUCUCAACUUCAUCCUGACCUUCUCUGUCAACAUGUGUGGAACUCUAAACAUGACCUGUGCUGGUACUGGGUUGGGACGUAUGCAGUGUUUUAAAUGAAACGUGUCACGUAGUGUUUGGGUGGCUCUGGGUGGGAUCGUAGAGCUCUUUAUAAAAAUACGUUUAAUUGCAGUACUCACUACAGACCUCUGAGCUCCUUUCAUUCUUCCAGUAGAAACCUCUGUGACUUUGUGUGUUUGUGUGGAUGCGGUUGGUUGUGAUUUUGUUUCUUUCUUUCUCUUGACAAAUGCAGCAGUUCAUUUCAAACAGACAGAUAUUCUUCCUUAGUCUUCGUUCAGCAGAUUUCUUUUAAGUGAAGAAAAAUCUACUGUGGCUUUACCUCCAGUGAAUGUUUGACCAGACUAUUCCAUCUGUAGUUUACAACAGAGAAGCCUCGUCUUUAGACAAAACAACUGUAGUUAUAUUCAUAUUAGGCUUGUCACGAUACUAGAAUUUCAACUUCGAUACCGAUACCCAGUUCAGUAUCGAUACUCGAUACCAUUUUGAUACCACACGGAACAAAUUAAAGCACAGGCUUUUGUAAUUUGCUGUAAAACCAUUUUUUUAUUGGGAAAAACUUCUGUAUCAUUAAUACAAUAUUUUUUAAAGAUGUAUGAGGUAGUGCAAAACAAAAUAGUACAUCAGUAUUUAACCUCAAUUUCAGUGCUCAUGAAAUGAUUGUGAGGGAAGGUCAUACCUAGGAUUUAGCUGUUUGAGAAGUUGUUUGAACCCAGAUUUCUCUACUGUGUAAAUGGGGAUCAUAUCCAUGCACAAAUACUCUGUCACAGCCCUGUUUAUUUUCUUUGCUUCUUGUGACUUUGGAUCAUAAUGUCUUUGCUGGUCAAACACUGCUGUUAGCGAAGGCUGUUGGUGUUUUAGUGUCGCUGCAGACGGUCGACUCUCUCCACUCUCAGCGUCACUCUGGAGCUAUAAGAGAAAUGUCACACUUAGACGCAAAUAUGUUUAUCUCGUUAAAUUAAAGCAAUCAAUUAGGAUUACUCUGGCUGCGGGCAUGCCUGCUAACGUUGGCAAAAAGCCCCAUGUAACGUUAUGUUUUAGACUAGCGCUAGCUAGCUAGCUUAGUCGGCUAAUGCCCUGGCAGCGUUACGUUGCCGUUUAGGAUGUAAAUACAACUCCGUUCAAUCAUGAUGAAACGGGAGCUUACCUCACGAAAUUUUGUGACACUCGCCAUGGUUAUAUUUCUUCAUUCCAUCGUGUUUUGCUGGUAGUAGCAAGACAUUAACAAGCCUGGACAUGCGGUGAGUUUGGAGGGGGGGGUGCUCUACUGUAGCAGGAGCAGCAGACCAUAGGAGCAGAGUAUCGAUGGUAUCGAUACUAUGGCAAGCUAGUAUCGUAUCCAUUUACAAUGUUUAGGAUCGAGUAAGUACCGAAGUAUCGAUAUUUUUGACAAGCCUAAUUCAUAUGGACCAAGAACACACAAGACAGGAUUUAAUCAAAACAGGUUUCAGUCAUUUCCUCAAAACGGAUUAAUCCUGGAUUAAAUACAGUUCCUACGGUGCUGCUUCAUGAUGUGGAGCUCUUGGGCUGUAUUUUGUCACCUUAUCCAGUCCUGUGAUUUACAUCAAGUCUUUUUCAACAGAACAAACAUCAAACUACUGAUUGUUGACCCGUCUGUGGUUUGUUGCCAGAAGGAGAGACAUGUAGUUAUGUUGAAAAUAAUCAUUUUCAUCAGUGCUCAGCUGAAUGUAGGAACACAUGGAACUGUUCUUCAGCCGUCGGUGCUUCAGCUGCUCAUGGUACUUUCCUCUUUCUUCUCUCAGUGCCGCUCAGUUCUCAUAUUUUUCUCUUUUCUGUUACACGUGAUGCCGAGUCAUGCCAGUGACCAGCCAGCCAUUAUAAAGUACACUUCACCUCGACUUCCAUGUGUUGCUUGUAUGUAGGAGUGGUUUUGUAGCUGUGAAGAGUCGAGGUCUGACCAGAAGUCUAUGAAUCUCUGAACCUCCGAUGAGGAGGAGACGACGCUGAGUUCAGCCUGUGGAGGCUGUCAUGUAUCUGUCUGCACUGUGAUCCAUUUUACAGCAAAACCUUCAGUCCCAAUUGGCCAAAAUCUUUUCUCUAAUGUUUGAGUGUGAUGCCAGAAUGUCCUUUUGAGCCUUAUCGACCUCGUCUGAAAGUCUGACUGACUGACACUGAAAAUGACCAGAUAAGACCCAGUCUGUGUUCGGUUCUGGUGCCGCUCCGUUUGGGGUCGUCCUGCAGUAAAACUCCCGACGUGUCAGCAUGAAGUCAGGCUUCACAAGGCUUUGUACCCGAAUCCUACCUGGAUUCAACAGAUCUGAACGUUGUUGUCAUGAAUUUGUCUCGUUCCCUCUGCAGUCUCUAAACAUGAACUUCAGGGUUUUGAGAGGUCUUCAGUAACACACAGUUCAUAGCACACAUUUACACUCCUCACACUGACGCACACGACACAUUUGUAUUGCAUGUUCACACUGUAGCAUCAUGACCUUUUUUUUCUUGUAAAUAUCCAGUCAUUGGUCACACAAACACAUCAAUACAGUAUGCACAGAAACACAGGCUUUUAUGUUUUUUUAAACAUGGAAAAUAAAUAGUUGGAUUAAGUAAGAUGAAGCUGCUGACCAGUCCACUGCCAGACUCUCAUUGUUUGUCUCUCGCCACAGGAGCCUCGACCAGUCGCAGGAGGCUGAGAGUCCACACCGAUAAACCAAGAUAAAAUGAAGACUGGUGUCUGUUAAAAUGCCAAAACUACGAGUGACUCAGCGACUGUGGAGCCGCCAGGAUGACGUCUGUUAGUUCACCUGCAGGUGCUGCAGUAUCAGAGCUGGUCCAGCAGAGGGCGAUCAGGCUGCAGUCCAGAGGAGGGACGCUCCGUUUCUGACCUUUAAUAAUAAAUGAUACAAACCUGA